CACAUGUGUGCGUAAACUAAUGCAGAUGGUGAUUUAUCUUUUGCAGAUCCUUAUCACAGCCAUUGUGGCUGUAUCGGCUGCCCCUCAGGGCUACAACUAUGACAGGCCUUCAGGUCCCGGUUUCCACUCUGGAAACUGUGGUCCUGGACAAGUACUGCACGUUGAUGGCAGGUGUGUUACUCCACAUGUGACCCGCCGUGUGUACGUGUUCGACGUACCUCCCCACCCGCCGAGCUACGGACCCCCGCCCCAAAUCCCUCCACCAUCCGUUGAGACAAACCUUCUGUUCAUCCGAACUCCUGAAGAAGGACAAGGACCAGGACCCAUCGUUGUGCCUCCACCACAGCAGAAACAUGUCGUGUACGUUCUCAACAAGCAGUCCGAACAAGGACCAGAAGUGAUCGAAGUCCCCUCACCACCAGCAACCAGUCCUGAAGUUUACUUCGUGAACUAUGCUGACGGCGAGAACCCAGUUCUUCCCGGUGGCGUUGAUCUUCACAGUGCCCUGGGUGCAGCUGCUCAAGGAGGCGGUCAAGUGAUUGGAGGCGCUGGAGGUUUCGGAGAUGGCGCUGGAGGUUUCGCAGCUGGCCCUGGAGGUUUCGCAGCUGGCCCUGGAGGUUUCGCAGCUGGCCCUGGAGGUUUCGCAGCUGGCCCUGGAGGUUUCGGAGCCGGCGCUGGAGGUUUAGGAGCUGGUGCUGGAGGUUUCGGACCCGGCGCUGGAGGUUUCGGAGCCGGCGCUGGAGGUUUAGGAGCUGGCGCUGGAGGUUUCGGACCCGGAGCUGGAGAUUUCGGACCCGGCGCUGGAGGUUUCGGACCCGGAGCUGGAGGUUUCGGACCCGGCGCUGGAGGUUUAGGAGCUGGCGCUGGAGGUUUAGGAGCUGGCGCUGGAGGUUUCGGACCCGGAGCUGGAGAUUUCGGAGCCGGCGCUGGAGGUUUCGGUGGCGCUGCCGGAGGAGGUGCUGGCGGUUUCGGAGGUGGUGCUGGAGGCUUUGGUGGCAAUGCUGGAGGUUUUGCCGGCGGUGCUGGUGGCUUCGGAGGCGCUGGAGGAGUCGGAGGUGGUUUCGGAGAUGGUGGGCAUUCUUCAGCUCCCUCAACUGGUUAUGGCACACCAUAAACCUGCAUUUGCUGCACACAACUGCGGGUUCUUAUUAUGAAGUCAAAGCGAAAACGUUGGCUACAAUAUUUUAUUUAUUAACAUAUUUUUCAUUGGUUAAAUCUAUAUAUACAUACAAAAUUUGUAUAUGUAUUUAUUCUUCUAAUAAAGAGCUUAUUAUCAA